UCAUCAAUGUUUUUGAUACAAUUUGGGAAGAAUCUUAAGGUAAGUCCCUUUCCCUUUUACUUAUGUUGUUUCAUUUCAGUUAGAUUGAAGUGGAAAAUGAACGAAUGCAGACGUUUCUGGUUUGGGGCAACCUGUUGAUCAUUGCAAACUUGCGCCUAAAAAUGGUUUCAGUGCAGAUGACUAUUGGCUAAAAGUAACAUAAUAUAUAGUCAUGGAUAUCAAUAAAACUUUCCAUUUUAGCAAUAGCGGCUGAAGAGGGGAAUGUGGAUGAACUUCAGAAAUUCUGUAGAAAAAACAAAAUCAAUAUUUUCGAGGAGUUUACAGGGCUAGAGAAUAGUCUACUGCAUAUAGCAGUUUCUCACGGUAAUCUGUCAAUUAUUUCAAUGCUUUGUGAUGAGAUCGUUGGAAGUCCACAUGCACAGGCAUUUGUUGCCAAGAAAAAUUCUCAUGGAAACACUGUACUUCACCUUGCAGCCUUUUAUGACCAUCACGAAUUUGUGAAAAAAUUCCUUGAAAUCAUGGCACAGACAGAUGUAGAGGCCGGUAACUUUUUGACGGUUAAAAAUGGUGAAGGAAACACUGCCCUUUACGAAGCCGCGAAAAGGGGAAAUUAUGAGGUCGUGAAGUUACUACUGGAGCAGGACAAUAUGCGUGAGCUGUUAACCAUACGAAAUCUGAAGGGUGAAUUGGCUAUUUUUAUAGCUGCUCAGGGUGGUCACACAAGCAUCGUUCGUUACCUGUUGCCGAUAAACUGGAAUGAGUCGCAGAGCGCGCUUUUAAACUCCAGAGUACACGGGCAAAUAUAUGAGGAUCGUCGGGUGUUGCACGUUAAAUAUGAGAGCAGAGUAUACCGCCAAACACUGGACGAUCCUGAGAUGCUAUACAGUCUGAACAUGAGCAGACAAGGCGGCCAAACACCACUUCAUCGCGCGGUGUUCUACAGACACUCAGGGAGAGAGCAAGCUGUCUUAAUGGCCAAAAGAAUUCAAAUAAAGGUCAUUGUAUAGAGGGUUUCACGUGAAACUCAUUGCCAACCAGUGUUUACAUUGCAAAGACAAUGAAUGAUCAUCAUCAUCUUAACAUUGAAAGUAUUACAGGAAUCUUGCAGGCCUUAGCUGCACAAAACUGGAAGACAUAUAAUCUAUUUGAUUUGAUGGUAGUUGGCAUUUUCUCCCUCGUGCCCGAAUUAUUUUGCAAAUCAAGUACUAUAUUCUGUAUUCAACAAGGUAUGAUUGUUCAUUCUAUAUAAUU